UGGUCGUGUAGCUCCAACCGUUUUCGUCCCUUCCAAGGAACUCUGUGUUGUAAUAAUCUCUCAGGAUAUAUUAAAAAUUGAAAACCCAUCAUUUGUGCAAUCAAAAAUGAAUAAAAAUGGGAAAAUUUCUCCCUAAGUUACUAAUCUGUGCUGUGCUGGUUUUAUGCUUGCAAAUCCUCUCCGCCAAAGGAUCUCAGGAUGAUAACGAGGAGUAUCGCGCCCAUUUAGGCAAAGAAUCAAAUAAUAAUCUGUUUUUGAAAGCUGAAAAAGAUCAUAAUGUGACGCUGCGUCUGAUUGGUGAAGCAUCCACUGUGAUGAUCAACGAUGUGGAUAUGCUGACAUUGCUUCGACGACGCCAAAGGAUCAUAGCCGAUCGCCAGGCGGCGGCUCGAAGGGAGCCCCUCUCUGUGGACGUAGUCAAGGAUCAGUUCCGGGAUGUGAAGCGCAAGUUCACUAAGAUUGAACGACGGGUGUCCAAUGCGAGAAACAGGACGCAAAGGACUGGUCUUAACCAACGUCUACUACGCCGGCAGUUGCAGCGCGUGGAGCGGGUUUCGGGCAUCCUGCGGACUUUAGCAGCGAACCUAGCCAAGGACGAGUGCCAUUCGAGUCCAUGCCAGAACGGUGGAAUCUGCCACGAUGCCUACAAUGGAUUCCAGUGCGAGUGUACGGCGGCCUGGCAAGGUCCCACCUGUGAGGAAGACGUAAAUGAAUGCAUCACCCUGGCUGGCACGGAUUUAGCCGGCUGCCUGAACAAUGGCCAGUGCAUCAACACUCCCGGUGGCUAUCGUUGUGUAUGCCGCAAUGGCUUCUCAGGAGCCCAUUGCCGACUCCGUCAGAACUCUUGCUUGGGAAGUGGCUCUAAAGAACUCUGCGGAGAGCACGGCACUUGCAUACAGACAGGUAGCGCCGCUGGUUACGUGUGCGUCUGCGAUCAGGGCUGGACAUGGGCGGAUGCAAACAUGACCUCCCCAAGUGCCAGUCCCUGCACAAGGGAUGUGGAUGAGUGUGCUCCCAACGUGAAUCCCUGCCACGAUCUGUGCAUAAAUCUGCCGGGAAGCUAUCGCUGCGGUCCCUGUCCCAGUGGCUACACGGGCGAUGGACGCUUCUGUCGCGAUAUAGACGAGUGCGCUGGCGAGGAUAACGGCGGCUGUAGCCUGCAGCCUCGGGUGGCCUGCAUCAACACAGAGGGCUCCCAUCGCUGUGGUCGUUGUCCACCAGGCUGGAGGGGUGAUGGACGCAGCUGCACUGACGCUGAUUCCAACUCCUGUGACCAGGAGAAUAUAUGCUAUCCAAAGGCCAAGUGCGAGUUAAUUUCUGGGACAGUUGUAUGCACCUGCCCACUGGGCAGCUUUGGUCAUGGCUACGGCGCCGAUGGUUGCACCAAGGAUCCAAGCCGUGAACCCUGCGAUCAACAUUUGUGUUUGAACAAUGGAACCUGCGUGCAAAAUGGCAGGGGAACCACCUGCAUCUGCCAGCCAGGAUACACUGGAGCUCUGUGCAACUCAUCGGAUGUCUGUCACCCAAGUCCUUGCCUCAAUGGCGGCAGCUGCCGUUUGAUUCCAGGUAAUCUGUACCAGUGCCACUGUCCAGCUGGAUUCACCGGCACCCGCUGCUCCCAUACUCGGUUCUUCUGCGGAAGCACCAUCCGUGGACCAACAGGUCAGCUCCACUAUCCGCCAAACAAUGUCGAAACCGAAUACCAAGCGGACGAGCGCUGUCCCUUCAUCAUACGCACCACUCAUGGUCAUGUGCUCAACCUGACCUUCACCCAGUUCGAACUACAGGAGAGCGCUGACUGCUCUGCGGAUUUCCUGCAGAUUCACGACGGUUAUUCCCUGGCCUCGCGGUUGAUUGGCCGGUUUUGCGGAUCGAAAAUGCCUUUGGGCACCGGCCAGGUGAUCACCACUCAGGAGCAGGCGUUCUUUUGGUUUCGUUCCGACAACGAGACGCAGGGAAAAGGCUUUCAUGUGGCCUGGAACUCUCUGCCGUUCGCCUGCGGUGAGAUCCUUGGCAAUCUAACGCUUGGUCAGACUGGAAUUAUACGAUCUCCGGGUUAUCCUGGCCAGGCCCGAUCCGGACUUAAUUGUCGCUGGGAGCUGACUUCGCCCUACGGCACUCGUUUGCUCCUUCGCUUCUACGACAUCACACUGGGCAGUAGCGAAGCCGCGGCGUUAAACUGCAGCCAAGAUUCCGUGACCGUCUAUGACAUGGAUCGCCAGCUACUCCGAGCCUGCAAGUCCACCAAGCCGGAGCCGUUGUAUAGCAGCUCGAAUAACGUGCUAUUGGAGCUGCACACUGAUGACUUCCGCUCGGAUAGCUCCUUCCAGAUGCAUUACGAGGUGGUGGCGGGCCAGCCAGGCUGCGGGGGUCUCUACACAGAGCCACGCGGUCGUAUCAGUGCACACAUGAAUGCCGAGGUCUGCCUCUACCUUAUAGAGCAGCCAGAAUUCACCCAGGUGAAGCUGGUUCUAGAUCAGGUGAAUCUUUUGCGGUCGGAGAGUUGUCGGCUACACAAGAUCGAAAUCUAUGAUGGAGACUCCACGGAUGCGCCUCUAAUGCAAAGGAUUUGCGGCCAGCCAGAGGCCAGUGAGCUUGUGCCGCUAAUCUCGGCGAGAAAUAAGGUCCUGGUGCGCUAUGAAUAUGCACUGAGUGGUUUGGCAUUGAAAAAGGGUUUCGAGUUGAGUUAUAGUAGAGUGUGCACGGGUACUUUUAAUAGUCCCUCGGGCUACAUUACCACGCCCAACUACCCGCACUCCUAUCUCGGAGACAUGACCUGCACCUACAACAUCACUGUCAAUGACGGCGUAAUUCACCUGAACAUCACAGAUCUUUCCCUGGGCAGGUCCAAUGAUGAUAGGGAAACGAGCUACCUAGACGUAUACUUGGACCAAGAUGAGAAGCGGCAUAUUGUCAAGUCCACCGAUAAUCUUUUGCUGAUUUCCCACUACAACCGGGCCAGUCUGGUCUUCCACGGAUCGAGCAGUGGCCGAGGAAUGCGUUUGGAAUACAAAUCCAUGGCUAACGGCUGCAAUGGAUUCCUUAAUGUCCCAGGCAAACUUCACCUAAAAAAUGUACGGAAUUCCUUCUGCCAGUGGUUCAUUGAUCAGCCGGGAAGGAAACGAAUAAUCGUCAGAGAUUUGUUUAUCUCUGGCCAGAUUCAGAUAUAUGAUAACAGCACAAGUCCAGGAAUCUUACUAAAUAGUUAUUCAACGGGAUUUACUGAUGAGUUCGAUGGAGAUCUGUUGACUAUAAACUAUCUCAAGGACAGGCCCACGGGAAUGUUCUUGGUAAAAUUCGAAAUUGUUCAGACAGUUUGUGGAGGAACUUUCACAAACAAAUUCGGCUAUAUAAAGUCACCGAAUUGGCCCAAAUACUAUGGGGAAUCUGAGAACUGUGAGUGGAUCAUCCGAGCACCGCUAGGUCAACGUUUGGAAUUGGUGGUGAAGAACUUUACGCUGGAAGGUUCAUUCAGCGACGAUAACGACUGUCCAACCGACUGGCUGGAGAUAAGAAAUGGGGACUCUGGGUCAUCCCCCCUGAUUGGACGAUAUUGCGGUACACAGAUUCCCCCUCGCCUGCCCUCAUAUGGCAAUGUCAUGCACAUAAAAUUCCAUUCAGAUGACAGCAUAGAGCGACCUGGAUUCCUUCUCACCUGGCAGCAGAUCGGUGCCGGCUGUGGUGGCAAGCUUACCUCACAAAAUGGAGCCAUCCAUUCGCCCCAUUUGUUGGCCGGCAAUCGUGGUGUCCUGGCCUGCGACUGGCAGAUUGUAGUGGCAGAGGGUUCUCGGGUAAAGAUGCAACUGGAGAGUAAUGAUCGGCGCCUCUGCCUGGGACAGUUGACCAUAUUCGAUGGUCCCAAUACGGCCAGCAGACCCCUGGUGCUGCACUGCAAUGGAACCACGGCACAGCCGCUUCAAUCCUCUGGUAAUCGCGUCCUCAUCCGCUACGAUGUGAGCAGUGCCUAUCCUGAUGGCACCGAUUUUGUGCUUAACUACCAAACGGAUUGCCAAGGCAGACUGGAAAAGUGGCAGGGAGCCAUUGAGUCGCCCAACUUUCCGGAGAACUAUCCGCCUAGGUCCAACUGCGAAUGGGAUAUACGCGCCGGCGGACGUACGAAUCGUUUAAGACUUGUGUUCUCACACUUCUCCUUUGAACGUCCCCUAAGCAACUGUUUAUUCGACUACGUGACGGUGCAGGACAUGCAAGACGAUCAGGUUCUUAGCGAGCAGAAAUUGUGCACUGCCGAAGGCAUUGCUCCCAUUACAAGUGUGGGCAAUCGAUUGCUUCUUCGCUUCAAGAGCGACUCGUCGGACCAGGAGCAGGGCUUCCGGGCGGAGUACCAGCGCUUGGGUUGUGGGGAGCAUUUAUUUGGUCCUGGAGGAAGAUUUGAAUCUCCCAAGGCCCCGUUUAGUGUGGACAUGGACUGCGACUGGGUCAUCACUGUGGCAGUGGGCAUGCAAGUCCGGCUCCUGUUACAUGAACUCCACUUUGAGGCCUCCCAGGGGCAGUGUGGACUCGAGGAUGUACUAACUGUAUCUGCUCCCGCUGGUUUCAACUCUUCGGUGGAGCUAUAUCGUAGCUGUCGCGAGGAGAUGCAAACGCAAACCUUCACCUCGCCCGGCAACGAGCUGAGAUUACGUUUUGUUGGCAGCUCCUCAAGAGCAAGGAAGUACUUCAAAGCCUCCUAUGUCCAGGUACCGGCCAAUUGUGGUGGCUUUAUGACAAGCAGCAGCGGAGUUAUCACAUCUCCAGGGUAUCACAAUGUCCCGGACAGCAGCAACGUGGCUAACUUUUCCACAAACGUGGAGUGUGAUUGGAUUGUGCAGGUCUCUCAAAGCUAUGGCAUUCGACUCUGGUUCGAGCAGGUCAACCUCACGGAUUCGGUCAACUGCUCUGUCAGCUUUGUGGAGCUCACCAAGCUGGAGGCGGACAAUACGGAAAGGUUUUUGGAGCGGGCCUGCGGAGAUGGUCCUCCCCUGAUCCGUAUGCUUCACGGCCAGAAGCUGCGAGUGCGGUUCAAGGCCCAAGCUGGGUCCUGGGGUCGUUUUGCCAUGCACUACGAGCGUCAGUGCGGUGGACCAGUCCCCGCCGGCGAGGGUUACUUGCGCUCCAGACUGGACGAAGAGUGCAGCUGGCUGGUAACUGGGCCGCCGGGUAGCAAACUCAACCUGCAUAUCAGCCACCUGGAUUGCUCGAAGGAUUCAUUAGGCUCCGAGAAUUCCACAAACGGUGUUCAAAUACUCAAUGAUGAUGACCAGGUGCAGAUUGCCCAUAUGUGUCCCGAACAUCUGGCCAACUUCCUAGUGUCCGCCAGGAAUGUGCGCAUCCUGACCAAAGGUGUGAUCCUGGAGGCUCAAUAUAGUACUCUGGAGAACACUUGUGGUGGGAACAUCACCUCUCCCCGUGGCUUUUUGGCUUCUCCCAGCUACCCAAACAGCUAUCCGUCCAAUGUGGAGUGCGUGUGGAGCUUUGAGACGCGACCGGGAAAUGCCCUGGAAAUUAAUUUUGAGGCCAUGGAUAUUGUACAGUCGGAGCACUGCAAUGAAGACUAUCUGGAGCUACGCUCUGGUGUGCUGGGCCGACUUUUGGGUUUAUAUUGCAGCAAGGAAGUGCCAGACAAACCAUUGGUUUUCAUGUCGCAGCUGUGGAUCAAGUUCCGCAGCAAACCGGGCAACACGGCGGCGGGCUUUAAAUUGAGGUGGAACUACGUACACAACUUGGAAGUCACAAUGAAGUCCAAUGGAACCAUAGUGUCUCCGCCAAUUGUUAGAGGCGAUGAUCAGCCCUUCACCUGGCGGAUAUUCACAGAGCGCGAGAAAGUUGUGGUUGUUCAAUUUGAAGAAUACAUUUCGGGACUGGCGCUCUUUGAUGGCUACGAUGACAAUGCCUUGGCUGUUUCCAUCGAAAGCAGUCCCUGGACUUUCACUUCCAGCAGUAAUGUGGUUUACCUAAAGACUCUAAAUCCAGCUCUCAGUCCAUUCCGUUUGACUUGGCAGACCCUUGGUAUCAAUAUAGUAAAAGGCAACCAAUCCGUGACUACGAGUGAAUGCACAAAGGUGUAUACAAUGGCACCAGGCUCACGUGAGGUGGUGAAAACCGAGGGUUAUCCCUUCGGCUACUCACCCAAUCUAAAUUGUCAAUGGACCUUUAAGCCGAAGGAUCCUUCAAUGCAUAUUUCCACCCUUAUGUACCAGGCUGAUUUAGAGGACUUUCCGGAAUGCGCAGCCGACUAUGUGAGAAUACUAACUUCCCCUGACCUUAGCCACUGGACCGAAGAGCUAAAGAUUUGUAAGAAGGAUGAAGGGCAUCCUCGUAUCCAUGGUACACCAAAUCUCAGGAUAGAAUUCCGUAGCGAUGCCUCUCUUAACAAAACUGGCUUCCAUGGAGUACUCCACACAGAAUGUGGCUCGAAUAUGACGGGCAAAGUGGGCACCAUUCCCAUGCAGACCAGGUUCGUGGAUUGCGCCUGGCACAUUGAGGUGCGACCAGGCCGAAAGAUAGACAUAAGCAUCGAUUACGCCAAUCCAGCUGGUAAUACGGGGACAUGUCCAUAUUAUGGCCUCAUCUACGAUGGAUUCGAUGAUCAUGCUCCCUUGCUGGAACAUGGAAAGUUUUGUAAUUUUGUCGGCUUCCGGAAGCGAUCAUUCCGGACAAGUAGCUCGCAUGCCUACAUCAAAUACGUGGUCAGCAGUACUGCGAAUAGCCAGUCGGGCGACUCAUGGUCACUCACCUACCGGGAGUUCAGUGAUUGUGAUGGUGAGAUUAAGCUGACCCAGCAGGCUCCAUCGUUUGUGAUCACUUCGCCAGGUUAUCCGCAUCUGCCGCAUCCAUAUGCGGACUGCACAUGGUUGGUGAUGGCACCGCCGGGUGAAACUGUGGCCGCCAACUUCGAGGAUCCCUUUGAGCUGAGUCUGCGACACUGCGACAAGGAGAAUGUCGAAUUCUACGAUGGAUCCACCACAAUGGCCACUUUCCUCAAACGCACAUGCCGCAAGCUUCUGGGAACCUUAAGGAGUUCGGGUAACCUACUCUUGGUGCACUACACCUCGCAGCUGGGUGAACCUCACGGAGGCUUUAGACUAAACGUGUCUCUGAGCACUUGUGGUGGGCAGUUCAGUGGCAACUCUGAUUCCAUCAGUUCCGAGAAUUAUCCCACUCUGGGUGGCUAUCCCAAGCCAUCGCAGUGCGUAUACAGAAUUCAGCUGCCCAAGGACACAUACAUCCAGCUGAAUAUCACCGAUCUCCAUUUGCCUUUUGAUCCAAAUGGAACAUCAUCUAAAAGCACCAGCGAUCGUCUCGAAAUAAUUGACAUGUCGAAUAACGAAAGAGAGCUAAUGAUCCUGGACGGAAGUACAAUCACACCCAUGAUUGUCACCCUGAACACCAAUGAUGCAGCUAUCCGCUUUGUGGCCAUACAAAAUGUGAACAACUAUCGAGGCUUCAAGCUGGAGUACAAGCGUUCGGUGGGAACAUGCUCGCGGGAUGUGAACGGAGCCUCAGGAAACAUUGAGAUUUCGCCCAUGGCACCUUCCACCUGGCUGAGAUUCUGUCGCUGGAGCAUCAACGUGCCCAAGGGACAGCGCGUUAAGCUGGAACUCCUCAACUUGAUGGAUUUACGAGUUGUCAAUCGUACGGACACAGCUAGUAACCUAAGAGUACCCAGCCGUUUGACGACCAUGCCACACUUUUCCUUCUACAACGACGCCAGUUCCCUCUCCAAGAUAGCAGAGUUCCGGCUAGAGAACUACAAUGGCAGCGGCAUUAUCGAGUCCACGGACAACUUUAUGCUUGUGACUGUGCUGAGUAACCAAUUGGAUUUUAGUGCUACAGCCUUGAAGGCACGCUACAGUUCCAGUGAAUCCUCUAUUUGCCCGCCGAAUAUCGGAGACCAGGCCUCGGGAUCAUUGUCCAUUCAACCUUUAUCCCAGCUAAGCAGCUACUAUUGCAGCAUCCAUUUUAUCAGCACUCCUAGCACUACACUCUCCUUUAAGGUGUCAGAGUACUUAUACCAGUCCAUUGGCGGUCCAGCGGUUGUUUUUAGAGAUGACGUCCUGGGUGUUCCCUUAGCGCCUUUGUAUGCCAAUGUCACCAAUGCCUUUGUAUCCAUAGCCACCACGGCGGGACGUGUGACGCUCUUGAAGAGUAAAUUCGUCAAGUUGCAGCGUUUCCAGGCCACUUAUAGACGCCACAAUUGUGGCGGUAAUCUGGAUGCAUCCGAGGGGCUUGUGAUUCAGUCUCCUGAUCUAUUGUCCCUCAUUGAUGAUGAUUACGGGGAAGUGGAGUGCCUGUGGACGCUGAGAAAGAGCAAUGGUUAUACGCUAGAGGGGAAUGUAACCCUCACCGACAGCUGCAAUCGGGAGUACCUUGCGAUCUUCAACGGGAACAAGGAGAUAGCUCACCUUUGUCGGGGAAUGACCCUCAAUAGCACGCUCUUGGAGCGAAUAUUCACCAAGAUCAUCUACCAUGCAGAUCGACGAGUUCUGCAGCAAAGAACAUCCUUUACCCUGCAAGUACGGAGAUCUAUGUCCAGCGGUAAUGUGAUCCGCCUUGACCAGCGACCAUCGCCACCGGUUACCAUUCAGAGCGCAGAUUAUGUAAACAACAUGGAGCGGAUGUGGGAGUUUGCCACCACAGAGGGUCUGUCCCAAAUGAUGCAGUUCCAGGAUAGAUUCUUUAUUGAGACAUCUCCCAACUGCACGAACGAUCGCCUGACUGUGGAGCGCUACGACCGGGAGGCAGGCUCCUUUGUCGAGAUGAUCAGCCUAUGUGGUAGGCAGGUGCCAGGCGAAAUAUUAAUUCCCUCCUCCAAGAUGCGUGUCAUAUUUCGUACGAAUGCCAAUGUAACGGGUGACGGCUUUAGUUUCACCGUCGCCCCCAGCUGCGAUAUCACAGUGCAAGCUAAACACAAUCAGCAGACGAUCGCCAGUCCCACCUGGCCAGCCUCACGUGGUCAAAAGCUUAACUGCAGCUAUGUCUUCCUGUCGAGCAAUGACCACCAACUUGCAGUCAGUGUAAAGACCAUGGCGCGUCCAUGGCCCGAGCUUAUCUGCACCAAGUCCUAUUUCGAGGCUUUUAGGCGAGGCGGCUCACAGGAUCAGGAGGAGAGCUUGGGCAGGUUUUGUCCCGAAUUCGAGGUAAAUGGCCGUGGAUGGUUGCGCCUACGGUUUGUCUCCACGGCAAUGCGAUGGUUCCAGCUGCAAUACCAGCUUAUAGGAUGCGGUGGCAAUCACACUGAACCCUUCUCCCUGCGACCCCCGCAAGAUGCUGAAGAAGCUGGCAGAUAUGCCCACAACUUGAAGUGCACAUGGCGGGUAACGGCUCCACCUCAGCACGCCAUUGUGCUGGAGUUCAAGUACUUUGACUUGGAAAGAAGCCAAAUGUGCCACUUUGAUAGUUUAACAAUUUACCGUGGCUCAACGGCCAACAAAGAGCAAAUGCAGCGGCAGCUGUGCGGCAAUCAGACUGUGCCACCCACUAUAAUGGUGGACAGCAACGAGGCACUCAUUGUGCUCUCUACGGACAGUUCCAACAAUCACAAGGGCUUCCUGGCCAGCGUUCGCUUCACGCCAAACUGCAACGAGCAAGUGGCCUUGGACCAGUCUGUGCCUCGGAUGAAUCUGAUGCGCUCGUUUAGGGUUAAUGCCAGUGAAACCUUACUCUGCCACUUCCGAGCCAAUGUGCCGCCAAACCAACGGCUGUCCGUGGAGCUGCGCAAGCUGCAGCUAAACGAUAACUCCUGCCGCACCUGCAACUACCUGGAGAUACGCGACAGCAAGGUCGUGGAAAGUCAAAGCCUGGGCAAAUUCUAUGCCUUGGGUUCGAACCGGACCAAGGUCUUUAGCUCCUACUCGGACAUGCUCAUUCAGCUUAGCGCCACGUCAAUGGUGUCCAAGAAUCUCAGCUUUGAGCUAAUCCUGCAAAUGGAAGCCACGGUGUGUGGUGAAACGGAGUACGAUAUGCGAGUGAAUGAGAGCGUCUCUCUGAGCCUGAAGUACGAUAAUGCCACCAAGGGCUAUGAGGGCAAUAUUCAAUGCACUUGGACCAUCAGGGCCGAAGGGGAUGUUGAAAUUGAAUUAAAGUAUCUCAAUCUCCCAGAAGUAUCUCAAAGGACGGGAAAGUGCGAGGACUACUUGAGACUGGCUAAGAAAUCUCCAUUUUCCACGUCUUACUCCCAAGACUUUUGCGGUCACUACAAUCAAACUUAUAAAAUGAUUAAGGAAAUCCAAAGACGUGACAAGUUAGAGCUUACCUUCCACAGCUCAGCGUUCACCGAGUUAACAGGACUCGAAAUAGUUUUAAGACGCAAACCAACCUGCAAUCGAAACUACACGGACCUAAGCCGAAUCAUUGAGACCGACUCCUUGGCCAACUGUACAGAGUAUAUUCGAGUGCCAGAAGGUUACAGUAUAACCCUGCACAUCCUGACUGUUAUUUUCGAAAGCGAUGAUCGGAAAUACUUUAAAGUAACGGACCUUAAGACCAACAAGACUAUUUUUACCACCAGAAACACUCAAUGGGAAACUAUUGGAAGGAUUACGACCACCAACGAACUGCGCCUCGACAGUGUGGGUGUCGGCACCCUCAAGUUCUUUUACUUCUCCACCAGCAACAAGUUCCCCAGCGGCUGUGGUGGCGACCUGGCUGUGCACGGAUCAAUGGGGAGCCAUGUGGGGAAUCCCUCCUACGAAGGUCGCAAUAGUUCGCUUUGCUCUUGGACUGUGUCCGUGCCACCUGGCGGAAAUCUGCGUUUUAGCUUUUCAGUAUUCGACAUGGGCUCGGAGAACAAUUGCAAUCUGGACAAUAUACGAUUUUAUACUGUCAAUGCUGUUGAGGUGAAACCAGUUAAAACUCUAUGUGGUUCCAACAAGCCGGAUGACUUUACCAUAGCCUAUAAUAAUGUGAUUAUUGUUGCAAAGAAGUCGCCAAAUUUCGAUGGUUUGGGAUUCCAACUGGAUAUUAAUCUUAUCGAAGGUUGAUACUGGAUUUCCCUUAAAGAAAGAACUUUUUUUUAAGCACUUCAAAAAAUAAAUAAUAAAUGAUUAGGUGUUGUUUUCCUUUAUUUUGCAAAAAAAAAACCCUAAUAAACAGCAAUAAUACCUUCGUGAAAUCGAAAAAAUAUUAUUUUAUCAUUCUAUAUUUCCUGAAAAAAUGUUUUUGUGUUUAUUUUGCACUUAAUUAAAGUAUCUGCUGAGAAAACGUA